AUGGCUGUCGCCCUACGAGCCUUGGCUGAUCCGUCUUGCCCAGCAAUACUUGUCGAUCUCGCAAGGUCAAAUGUCAGUCGAUCCCCAGGAGCCUCCGGCUGCGAGAGCCGAACCGCUGAUCGUUGGACCCAGGCGAUGAACGACAACCCAUCUGUCAGCGAUGCUCUAUCGCCGGCCGCUACUGCGAGCGAACUGCACGCCCAACUCGCCAGUCUCUUCCCGACAGGAGAGACCGUGGGCAUGGGGACGCAGUCGCGAGCGCUCGCGUCGCCAGACAUCGCCCGUAUCUUCCACCACUACAUCAUCGAGAUAGCCCCGUGGUAUGACCUCAGCGAUCCGGCGUCCAGCUUUGCUACGAGACUUCCUCGGCUCGCAUUGGAGAUGCCCCUGCCGUUCAGCGCCAUCAUCGCCCAGGCGGCCAUGCAGAUCUGCCAAACCACGGCGCCGAGCCAACGAACAGUUGCUGAAUUCUACCACGGCCAUUGCGUUCGGCUCCUCAUCGAGCUGCGUGACGACUGUGGCUCGGUCGAGUCCGAAGCUGCCCUGGCCGCUGUGUGUCUCCUGCGGUCGUACGAGAUUCUCGACGAGGAGGUUGAUCCAAACAGACACCUGCACGGGGCCUACUCGCUAGCCUCACGCCAAAAGCUGCUGCUAGACAACGGCUUUCGCACGUUGUCGAGUGCGGGAUUCUGGAACUAUCUUCGCGAGGACAUUACCUACAGCUUGUUCGAGGAGCAGCCCCUGAAGAUGGAUCUCGAGAACAUUCCCAUGCCGACGCUGCAGCUGGAGGAUCAUGACCAUCUCAACGCCAUAUCCCUCGUCCUCGGCCGCAUCCUCAACGCCCACUUCAACGACGGCUCUCCCGGCCGAGAUCAGCCUGGCCCUGUCUCUGCCAUGUUGAACGUGCUGCAAUCCUGGCAAAAGGCCCUGCCUCGACAUUUUGAGCCGCUGUCUGCUGCACGUCAAUACUUCCUGGUAUCCAUCAUAGUGCUCUACAUGGUCAUGCCACUCGAAACGUUGAACGAGAUCCUGCAACUUGUUGAGAUCGACCUUCCCUCAAGUCCGUCUCGAGAAGUUAUUUUGGAAACCUACGCUCUUGAGGGUAUGAAUUUCGCGGCGAAUGUCCCUCUCAGCGCCGACGAGGUCACUUUGACGCCGGCUUUGCUCACCCCUCACCCGUUCACUCCCGUCGUCGGUAUGACUCCCGCCAGUGACUCGACGCAGAUCUGGCUCGGCACCUGUAACGACGAGAUUUCCCCCCAGAAAGGUGCCCACGGCGACCGCGAGAGUAAUUGCAUCAAUCAGGACCUUUUCGAGAAGAAUCAAGCUACCCAUGAACUCUGCCAGUCAGUUGUCAAGUAG